AUGGCCUCUAUGGCCUCCAUGGCCAUAUCGCUGGUUACGCGUGGCAUUUAUCCCGACAGCCCGCCAGCCGCCCAGACCAGAAACCAGAUCAAUCCGACACUUAUGAUGAGCUGGUGGGCUACUAUAUUCUCGUUGGCUAUCAUCAUCAUACGCCUAUUUGGUCGCUAUGUUCGUGUGGAACGUUUUUUCGUCGAGGACAAGGUCAUGAUGAUCAGCGUCAUUCCCCUGAUGAUUCGCAUGGUCCUCGUGCAUUUCGUUCUUAUCUUGGGGACCAACAAUACCACCACCGCAGGCUUGACAGACCGGGAGAUAUCAAAUAGAGAGCUGGGCAGUAAGCUGGUCCUAGCGGCGCGUAUAUUCUACGCCAUCUUCAUCUGGACAGCCAAGGUGACCGUCUGCGAAUUCUUAAAGCGAGUCACAGGGCUUACCUGGCGCCGAUCAACAACUUUCUUCCUCCGCUUCAUUUCCAUCUUCCUCUUCUCGACCCUAGUAGCCGUGGUUAUCGCAACCCUAGCCGAAUGCCAACCCUUCAACCACUACUGGCAGGUCACGCCAGACCCAGGCCCAAUAUGCCGCACUGGCUACGUCAACUUAAUAACAAUGGGAUCCUGCGACGUGAUAACCGACGUCUUACUCGUCGCCAUCCCAGUGCCCAUAAUCCUCAUGGCCCAAAUGCCUCUGAAGCGCAAACUCGCCCUAUCACUCCUCUUCUGUCUAUCCCUGAUAUUGGUCGCCAUAACCUCCUACCGUGUCCCCUCCGUAAUCGAUCACAAAGGCUCCCAACAAUACCGCUCCCUCCUCGCCUCCCUCGAAAUCCUCGCCGCAACAGCAGUCUCAAACGUCCUCGUCAUAGGCUCCUUCGUUAGAGACCGCGGUGUCAAGAAACUAAAAUACAAACGCACCGAAGGCUCAGCCUCCGUCUCAGAAAGCAUGGACAAAUCCUACGUCCGCAGAAACACAGUCAUGCAAAACCAAUGGGGCUCAGACUCGGAACUCGCAACUGGUCUAUGCAUCCGUCUAGAUCCAGAUUUAUACUCCAUCCCCGGCACAUCAGACGGAUCACGUCAACCCAGACCAGCACCUAUCGCCCCACCAGCUCACGUCCCACUAACAGUCGCACGAACCGGAACUCUCGAUCCAACGUGGUCGUUUGCAACAACCCGUCGCUCAGGAGACACCGACCACGCCUCGACAACAGACAGUCUCGAGCCCAAAGUCUCGCCGCGCGAAUACCUGCGUACAAAUCACUCCCCGCGCGAGAUCUCGCCACUAUCAGAAAAUCCACGUCGGGUGUCGUUCUCGGAUGUCGGCGGUUUGUUGACAAGAGGACUACCGGAGACUGGGCCUGGUCAUGUGCGCGCCCAGACUUGCUCGUCACCAGCGGAGGCCGGACAGCGUCGCAGAAGUGGCGGGGGUAGGACAUUUUUGGAAGAUUUGGGCAUUUUUGGUCCACGCUCUACAUAUGUACCGAGACUGCCGCUUUCUGGUCCUGCGGACCUGCCGUUUCCCGCGGCGGCCUUUGGUAAUCCCGAAUUUGGGCUUGAGAUGGCUCGUUGUCCUAGUUCGUCGGAUUUAACGCUCGAUGCUAAUAUUGAGCUUCAUGAUGUUGGUGGGUUAUUAUCGCGACAUGAUCAUUAA